AUGAACUCGUCUAAGGUGGAAAACGGAGACAAAAGUCACAAUUAUGUUCAGCAUAUUUUACGAGCUUCAAGAAAGCCCGCUGUCCUGUCUUUUCCCCGCCGCCACCUUUCUGAUUUACUUUACGUAGAGCAUUACGAAAAUGGAGGGGGAUAUAUUUUACACGCUUACGCACAUGAAAUCUCACGUCUUUCGAAGGAGGAGGUGCAGCUUCUUGUAAAAAAGUUCUUCCGCUCCUUAUUUAUGGAACGUCAGAAGAAGUGUAUUCCUGUACCUUUUUCCUAUUUCUGUAUCGGUAUUGUGCAUGGCGCGGCUAAGCACAUACCAGAGUUAGUAAACCAUAUCGCUAAGAAUCACCCCAGUCUUAUCGUCUCUACAAGUCCUCUUGAUAACAAAAACGCUGCUUACACUACCACCGCCAAAGAGUUUGCCGAAAAUGUUUUUCGGACUUACUGCAACGGCAUCUACCGCUACGGUCCGAUGCAUGCGAUUAGCUUAGUCGGAGUCAAGGGCGAGGAGCGAGGGGAGUUCUGUAGUGAUAUCCUCGAGAUGAUUGAGAGAGAUCCAUUCCUUAAGCUCGUUCUUCCAUGGGGAAGGCUUUCAUCCCUCAGUUCUAUGGAUCCCCAAAAAAGUAGUGAUGGUCCGAUUCUUUGGGUCCGUCCUGGAGAACAGGCUCUUCCUCUUCAUGGAGCCCCGAAGAGUCGGAGCAAAAAAGCCGCUAAUUUCUCCUUGGGCACCUUUACUUCUUCCCGACUGAGCAAUCCGCGACAACUGCUGGUGCAGGAUCGGACACCAUGCCACGCUGAUCACGCUGACGACGGUCUCCAACGACACACCACGGCUGCCAUUGGGUUGCUCAAGGCCGUACACCCGCCAAAUGCAUCUGAUUUACCAAAACAACAGGAAGUAGCCAAGAUUUCAGAGAGUACCACCGAAAACCUCUAUAAGUUUGGCUCCAUUUCUGGCCGUAUCAUCAAAGACGUGGUCGUUUUUGAUCCGAGGCACUAUUGGGAUCUCGUCGAACGGCUGGGUCUGGACAUUAUGGAACCACCGGUUAGCCAGUGCGGCAACUUUUGGGCAGGCGAUGGUGAGCUGAACCUUCUUCGAACGGAGGGCUUUCGCUACGCACGAGUGUCUCUGCGCGAUAACGACAUCUACUUCCUUCCGCGGGGUGUAAUUCACCAAUUCAAGACGGUAUCUGCUGGCACUAGCAUCGCCUGGCACACCCGCCUCAAAACCUACUACCCGUUGUCAGUGGGAACACCCAGUGAAGGCGACAACGACUCCGCCUCUAACCCCACCGAGCAAACCACCUUCCUGCAGACAUCCCCUUCCAUCAUCACAGCAACCAAAGAGGCUGCUCUCCGCUCCGCAAAGGCCCAGGCCCGAGCCCUCAAACGCUCCAUCCCUGGAACUGCCAAUCCUCAACCCAUCUCCAAGAAGUUUGGGAAGACGUCAAGCGAUGGUGCAGCUGAAGGGCUGGAGAAGGUGGAGGAUGAGGCUGACAAUAUCAUGACUAUGAGUAAGGCGACCAUACUUGUGGUGUCUUGA